UUUUUAUAAUAUGCAGAUAUUGUGAUAUGCGUAUUCGCACUGGGAAUUGUCUUUUUAUGCCACUAUUUACAUCUUUAAUAACCAAGGCAUUUUCACGUUUACAAGGCACUGGUGCAUGUACUAGAAGUGCGUCGUCAUUGUGGCUUACGCCUGUUUCUGGACAAUACAGCAAGGCAAGCCAACAGAAUUAUUGUCCAUCAAAUAUCCACAGGACUAUGGGAACUGUUCAACGGGACCAAAGCAUCCAUGCAGCUCAUAUAGAAGAGGUUCACGACGUUCCAAUACGCGUGUUAAUUAGGCCUAUACCAUCUGUUUUAGACGAGAAAAAAGUGGAGUCCUUGAUGCAGGUUAUUCAGAAUGCUGCAACAAGAGCUCAAGUGCCCCCAAUAGAUGUUUUAUGGAUUAAAGGACGUGAGGGUGGUGAUUAUUACUAUUCAUUUGGUGGUUGCCAUAGAUACGAAGCCUACAAGAGACUCAACAUGCAGACUGUACCCUGUAAACUGUUUAAGUCUACUGUUUCUGACUUGAAGUUUUACCUGGGAAGUUCAACACCAGAUUUACUUUGAUGUGCAAUAUGUGGCUCAGUUUAUGACAUAAGAUUAUAACAGCAUAACAUAUUAACACUCAUCAAGCCAAUUUAAAGCCAUUGAAGAAAAGCUACCUGAAGACAUAUUAAUUGAAACUAGCCCUAAAAAUAUAGAUUCAUGUAUGUCUUAAUAAAAAAAGAAUAAAGUCUUUUUACAGUGUUUUUUCUAAAUAACAAUUUAAAGGUAUUGCCUUGAAAGAUAACUUGAAAUUAAUAAAAAUAGUAUAUAUUAAUGAACUGGUUAUUGUUAUGAAACAAGGAUGUUUUAAGAAAUGAAUAUUAAAAUUACAUUGUACCAGUCAUUACCUUAAACAAAGGUCCAUAUUUUUAUAUGUCUAUUUAUUCUUAUUGUUAAAAUAAAAAUGAUCUCUCUGCAACAGUGAUUUAAUAUAUAUUGGCAUUUUAUUGAUUAAAUCAAAAUUGAUAUCAUUUCAGUAUGUACAUGCAUUUAAUGAAUAAUGACAUUGCUUCUAACCCAGCAAAAUGGUCUUAGCAUUAGCAUGGUAACGCAAAACAAGGCAGCAAAGCUGUCAAAUGUACAGACACAAAACAAAAAAUAAAGAUGCAAAAUA